UUUAUAAUGACCGCUAAUUUUCAUGCUUCUUGGAAACCUCUUAAAGAAGUUGACAUUCGACUGCCUGAAAACACAGUAAAAGGCGCUGUCCAAUUAGACCCAAAUAUUGCAAAUUACUUCCCGAGCAAUUUUGGGUUCAGGAAUCAAGGACCUAACUCUACAGCAUUCAUCACGUUAGAUAAAAAAAGCGAGGAUCUUUCUGAUCUUGUCAACCGUUUGAGUAUUGAAUUAAAACUGCCACAUACUGGUGAAAAUCUUUAUGCGUUGAGGUUCGACCCCAAAGAGAAUGAUGGUGCUUUUCUAACUGAUGAGAAUCGCGACCUUAUACGUCAAGGAUUUAUGUUUUUUCUCACUGCGUCACCCGAACGGUACGCGUUGACCAUUCUUGCACAGUUGAAAAAACUAAGUUCUGGUUCGCGAACUACUGAAUUAUAUACAGUGUUAACAGAUCUUAUCUCCAACAGUGCUCAUGCCACAUUUGCUUCGGAGUUCCAUCGCAUCGGUGGUGUUGAAUUCCUUAUUGAAACCUUUCAAAGCAAUAAUUUUUCUGACAACCUCUCAAUUCGCGCUGACGUUCUUCAAGCAUUGUUCCUUUUGAUGGAGCAUCCAGGGUUGAGACGCUGGUCCGAUAUCCCUAAUUUGUUCAUAGUCAAGAUAUCUGAAAACAUUAAUGGCAAGGCUAAACAAGAGGAUAAUAGUCUUUUGCUUUCAUCUCUAAAUAUAGUUGACAUGAUCUUAAAUUCCAAAAACCAGUCUAAGAUGACUUUGGUGAUGCAAGAAGUACCUUUUGAAUCGUUGCUUCGACAUCUUGAGAAGUCGGAUGAACGUGUUUUACAUAGUGUAUUAACAGUUAUGAACUCGUUAUACGCGAAAGCUUCAGACCAAGAGAAAGAUGCUAUUUUGUUGACAAAUUUCAAAUGUUUGCAGCAUCUACAUUCAACUCCAUUUCGAAAGGCUAUUGAAAAUACUGUUUUACGAAAAUCGCGUCAGUUAGAUGUUGGAGUUGAACAACAGUUAGUGGUUAUUCAAAGGAUACUUUUGAAUGAAUUAGCAGCUCAGGCGCGUUGCGUUCCUUCCGAGAGUGACAUAGAGAGGUUGUUUCACAGCGAAGAAGCUUUUUUUUUUUUGAAGGGAAUGAAAUGUUUUGGAUUGGAAAGAGCCGAUUUAAAUCGCUCACCCGGGGGGUCACGGGGUCGGAAGGAAGAAAUGCCUCAAUUCGCUGCUUCAAUCUCUCGUACUCCACCUGGAAUGUUAGCUGUUAAUUUACUCUCGUCGUUACUAUUACCGCAUUCAGAUUCGUUAACGAGAAUUGGGAUGGAGUAUUCUUCGUUAGUCGAGGGAAAUUCAUGGCCGUUUUUAGUAGUAUCAGUGGAACUAACACUUAUAUUAAUUGAAGUUUUGCAUGUGAUGAAUGAACCAGUAUUUUGUCUUGUUUAUGCUUUACGUAGCUUUAAUAAUGCUAGACGGUUCAACCAUCGUUUAGAGGAAGGCGACCGUUUACAUGUGAUGUUGUUUAAAAGUGACCGCCCGUUUGAAGAGCUUUUCGGCACUUUUAUACGAUUAUUUCAUCGGACUUGGCGAGAGAUGCAAGCUUGUGAAGUAGAUGUACAAAAGGUACUUUCUGUAGUAAAGAAACAAGUCGAAAUUGGUUUUAAGGAUAGACCAGAAACUAUAGAAAAACUUGAAGAAGUUUUUACUGCUCAUUCUUACCCUCAUAUGCAAGCGUUGUGGGAAAAGGAACGCAAUGAAAAGGAAGCAGAAGACUUGCAGAGCGAAGCAGUAAAGGAGCUACGAACUUAUUUAAGGCCGUCGAUGGAAGAAUUAAUUAGAAAAAAUAGGAAAAACGUUUUGAAAAAUGGAUUUACUUUUAGAAAAAUGCAGGAGCAUAAAUCAUUACAAAAAGGCCAACAAUUUUGGCACUGGAAGCUUGACAUGAGUGAAAAAACAUUAAUGUAUUGGGAUUGCACCUCACCCGAUAAUAUUUUACCCGUCGAUCCACCAACAUCAGUGAAUAUAGCUGUUUCGGAAAUAAAGAGAGUUAUUACUGGUGAGGAAGUAGGCGACUCUACUGUUCAUUUAAAAAGCAAGAAGCAUUCCGGAAUUUGCGGUUUGACGAUAGAAGUAGGGGAUAAGCCAGAUAUUUAUUUUUUGGCAACUUCGGACGAACAAGUAAUUAAUGCGUGGUAUGAUGGAAUAAAUGCUUUAAUAGGCUCUGACAAGUUGUCGGUUCAGGCGCAACAGCAUGCAGAAUUAUUCUUGAACAUCGAGGUCAAAAUGCGUUUGCUUGAAUUGAACUGCAUUCCUAACCAUUUAAAUUUGCCUUCCUUGCCGACAGAUCUAGAUUGGGCGAAAGCACAAUAA